CAUCUACUCACUUCUUCUUCAACUAAUCACUCUCUAUAUAUACGCAAGUUCGUAUGUACAUCUCCAUCCACCUUCACCUUCCCCUUCUAAUUCACCGGAAAACACACCACUUCCCGGCUCACAACAGAAAAAAUGGUAUCCGGUGGUGGUUCGCGCUUCAUUUCCAGCGGCCUGUAUCUUUUUCUUUUUGGAUUUGUGUCGUUGGUUUCUCUUCACGCACAAGCUGCCACCAAGAAGUAUCAGUUUGAUGUACAAGUGAAUAACGUGAGCCGAUUGUGCCAUGCAAAACCCAUAGUGACAGUAAACGGAAGAUUUCCAGGUCCUACCAUUUACGCUCGAGAAGGCGAUAGAGUGGUCAUCAACGUCUCAAAUCAUGCACAAUAUAACAUGUCAAUUCACUGGCACGGGUUGAAACAAUAUGCGAACGGGUGGGCAGAUGGACCAGCAUACAUAACACAGUGUCCAAUCCAAACAGGAAGCAGCUAUGUCUACGACUUCAAUGUCACCGGACAAAGAGGGACAUUGUGGUGGCAUGCUCAUAUUCUUUGGCUCCGAGCUACUGUUUAUGGUGCCAUUGUCAUUUUACCACAACAAGGAACUCCAUAUCCGUUCCCAAAGCCCGAUGGUGAACAAGUCUUGGUGUUUGGAGAAUGGUGGCAUGGUGAUGUUGAAGAUAUUGUAAAGCAAGGGAAUGCAAUGGGUUUGCCUCCUAACAUGUCUGAUGCUCACACCAUUAAUGGAAAAACCUGGCCCACUCUUUCCAUGCUCAGAAAAACAUACGUUUGCCAUGGAAGUCGAGCAAGUGCUCCGGGGAGAUAUUUCAUGGCAGUCCGCCCAUUCCAAGACGUUCCUAUUCCGGUGGACAACAAAACCGCCACGGCGAUCCUCCAGUACAAAGGCAUUCCCAAUACCGUUCUACCUUCACUCCCUCAACUGCCAUUGCCAAAUGACACCGCGUUUGCACUAACCUAUAACGAUAAGCUCCGGAGCCUCAACAGUCAUAAUUUUCCGGCGAAUGUUCCUUUGAAAGUUGAUCGGAAUCUGUUUGUGACUAUUGGGUUAGGAAAAAGUGUGUGCCCAACUUGCGUUAAUGGAACCCGACUUUCUGCUUCACUUAACAAUAUUACGUUCGUGAUGCCACAAACUGGACUCCUUCAAGCUCACUACUUGAAGAUAAAAGGGGUGUUUACUUCUGAUUUCCCCGAUAAGCCACCUAAAGCUUUUAACUACACCGGUGCACCUUUGACUGCUAAUCUUUUCACUUCUCAUGGAACAAGACUCAGCAAAAUCGCCUUCAAUUCUACUGUUGAACUUGUGAUUCAAGACACCAAUUUACUGAGCGUUGAGUCCCAUCCGUUUCAUCUCCAUGGAUACAACUUCUUUGUGGUUGGAACAGGGACUGGGAAUUUUGAUCCGGCUAAGGAUCCGGCGAAGUAUAACUUGGUGGAUCCACCAGAAAGGAACACCGUCGGUGUUCCUACCGGCGGCUGGUCUGCCAUUCGUUUCAGAGCUGAUAAUCCAGGUGUUUGGUUUUUUCACUGUCAUUUGGAGUUGCAUACUGGAUGGGGAUUGAAGACGGCGUUUGUGGUGGAAGAUGGACCCGGAAAAGACCAGGCUGUCCGUCCUCCGCCGAAGGAUCUUCCGUCUUGCUGA